UUCUAUGGUUAACUGUUAGUAAAAUUUCUGACUCAUUCCCCAGCCGCCCAAACAAAAGGAAAUAGAGAAUGAUGGUCAGGAUGAAAAGCAGACAAUGGGUAUACAUGGUGAGAUAUAUAUUCUGAUCUGUUGGAAAUUCAAGGCGUUUAAUAUCCAAAGCUGUGAUUCUUGGGACCGCUGGAUUCUGUCCUUGUAAAGUGGCUGUGUGCUUUGGCAUGCCGUCACAUUGUAUUUUCUUUGUGAUUCAUGAUUCUUGUAUUCUAGAGCUGUUCUAGAACUUUCUGACAAUUUUGUUGUUCUGACUGACAUUUUGGUGAACUCUUUGCUUGCCACUCAUGAGUCAUGACACAAUUUCAAAAUCUAUUACAUCAGGAGUUCAUAAGAAUUUACCGCUACAGAAUGUAUCUUUCCGCUGAAAAUCAUAUCCUGAAACUAAACUGGUAGGUGUGAAUUGACAUCACAUGCCAAGCACUUUGGCUAGAAAAAACAUGAAACAAUGUCUGAACUGCAUCGAGUUUGUAGGAUGCAUUUAGGUUUUCUUCCUAGUUUUGGUGAUGACCUGAUUACUCAAGAACGAAGACUAUAUUCCCAAGAAGCCUUUUUUUUUUUUAUCAACAUAUUUCCAAGUAGUUGCACCGAUAGAAUUUGAACCUGCAACUACUCAGAGUUACCAAAAACACCUACUUUAUACAGUGCAGCUACUUUCAUUUCAUGUUCUUGCUCCCGAGUGUGUUAGUGUGUGUCCAACCGUGAGUCUGUCUAAAUUCAAACAAAGGAACGAGACAGAAACGGGAUAACUAAUGACAAUCUAUGCCAAAUCUUCUUCUAUAAGCUCUUGGAUCUGGAUUCUGGUGGGUAAGGGCAAACAAGUAGGAUGGUACUAAAUGGUAACCAACUGGUGGUAGUUCUUUGACUUGGUUUUGAAGGAUCCUCACCUGCUAGAUAAUUGAGAAGGUUGCGGCUGGAGCCCUUCUGUUUUCACACGCUUUAGAGUUAUUCCGUACUUCCGUUACAGCUGAGAAAUGAACUCUAUUUGAAACAGAGCGAAGCCACGCAGUAAUAAGAAAGAUAAAAACAACUUGGGGCAUUUACGAUCCUUGCGUCUCCAGUACGGGAAUGAGACCUUUUUAACCCAAUGUUUAUAUUUGCAACAAGUUUAUAGUCCACAGGAGUAAAAAUUUACUCACUAAUCAUAGACUUCAACGAGCAUUCAAACUUUAUUGUAAUACAUGCUAACCUUUUUCAUCCUACGAUGAUAGUACAACUCAUGAACUCAACAGCUGAGCUAGCAAAUACUUCUUUUUUGGACCCUUGAUGGUUGGUUUGGCACAACGCUAAGUUGAAUCAUGUUUUACACCCCUCAAUACUUGCAUUUCCGGUCCUUAAGUUGAUUGGUAACUCAAAAUCUAAUUUCGGUAAACCUCUUUAAAAUUCGCUCAAACUUUAUAUACUCCAUCGCUCUCUGAAUAAGUGUUCGGCCUGCAAACCUAGGUCUUUUAAAAAUACGUAUUUUUUCAUUUAAAAAUUGUAGUAAUCUUUUUCACAACUUAAAAGUAUUCAUUGAUAUCUAUUGAUUAGUGAAGAAAAUAAUUUUUUUAACAAAAAAAAUGCAUCUUUUUAAAAGUUUAAGUUUGCGGACUGAACAUUUAUGUAGUAAUGAAGGGAGUAUCAAGUUGAGUUUCACUCACGAUCGGAAGAAACUUGAGUUGUACUCAAAUUUUUAUAAUUAAAUAAAAAGAGACUAUAAUCAUUCAAAAUUUAUAAUGUCGUAUUUUUCCUCUAUAAAUUAGCUAUUAAUGAAUUACUGAGUUAAUCUUGUAGAAUGCUUUUAUUAAUUAUUAGUACUUAAAAUUUUAUUCAAAGUUUUACUCAAAUACACACGGAUUAAAUUAGAACUACUCCUUUUGUUCGUGUUUACACGUAACUUGGAGAGAAGUACCGCUCGGCUAAGGAAAGGAACAUAACUACCGACUCUCUCGCUCGUGUGUGUAUAAACCCUAGUUUUCUGAUAGUUGCAGAUAAAGUCAAUAUUGGUGGAUAAAAAUUUGAACAAAUGAAGGGUUCUUCGUCCGAGACAAAGCUUUUGCAAGACCUGGUUCUCUACGCAGCAAGCGCCGCUCUCAGUUGCCUCGUGUUGUUCGUGGGGCUCCGACAGCUAGACCCUAAUCGCGAGUCCUCUAAAAAAGCUCUCGAACAUAAGAAGGAGAUAGCCAAACGUUUGGGCAGACCUCUCAUUCAAACUAAUCCCUAUGAGGACGUAAUUGCUUGUGACGUAAUAAAUCCUGAUCACAUAGAUGUGGAGUUUGACUCUAUCGGAGGGUUGGAAUCCAUUAAGCAAGCUUUAUUCGAGCUGGUGAUUCUCCCAUUAAGGAGGCCUCAACUGUUUUCACAUGGGAAGCUUCUUGGUCCCCAAAAAGGGGUCUUGUUAUAUGGACCACCGGGCACUGGAAAGACCAUGCUUGCCAAAGCCAUUGCAAAGGAGUCUGGAGCUGUUUUCAUCAAUGUUAGGAUAUCAAAUCUAAUGAGUAAAUGGUUUGGUGAUGCACAAAAACUAGUGGCUGCUGUCUUCAGCUUGGCCCAUAAGCUCCAACCUGCUAUUAUAUUCAUUGAUGAGGUUGAUAGUUUUCUGGGUCAGCGUCGCACAACUGACCAUGAAGCCCUCACCAACAUGAAGACAGAGUUCAUGGCUUUAUGGGAUGGUUUCACCACUGAUCAGAAUGCAAGGGUAAUGGUUCUUGCUGCGACUAACCGUCCAUCAGAACUUGAUGAAGCAAUUCUUCGGCGUCUUCCUCAGGCCUUUGAGAUCGGCAUGCCUGACCUCAGGGAGAGGGUAGAGAUACUGAAGGUGAUUUUGAAGGAUGAGAGGGUAGAAGAGGACAUUGACUUCAAUCACAUAUCUGGUUUAUGUGAUGGCUAUACUGGUUCAGAUCUUCUUGAAUUGUGCAAGAAAGCAGCCUAUUUUCCAAUCAGGGACCUGCUUAAUGAUGAGAAGAAUGGGAAGUCAUCUCCUGAACCAAGGCCAUUGUUGCAGUUGGAUCUUGAGAACGUUCUCAACUCAUCAAGAAAGACAAGGGUUGCUGCAAAUGAAUACACCAGGUUAAACUCCCAAUUGGCAGGGUGGUCAAGGAACAGAGAUUCGGAGGAUUAUCAGGUCCAAGCUACAAUCAAUGAGCUUUCUAAGCUCGUGCUUUCUCAAAUUUUGACCCUUCAGUCAGAUGCCCAAGAUCCAUAAAAAUCAUAACCGUAGCCCACCUAGUAGUUAUCCGUUCUGUGUAAUAACGUCAAAUUUACGUUUGAACUUUUUGGGCAUUUUGACAUUUUACGUGUAUGGUUUUGUUAUGUGCCACUCUCUUCCUUCCAGUCUUUUUAGCUUGAGACCUGCUAGGAUAAGUCGAGUGGCUGUGAUUUAGUCGAACUGUAUACUUUUGCAGUCACAUUUCAUAUGGUUUACUAUUUCAAAAACCAUUCUUAACGGAUUCAUGUAGCCGACCCCAAGUGAUUGGGACGUAAGGCUCGAUUUGGUUUGGUUAUUCUUAACGUUUCUCCUUUGGAAAGAA